AUGAAGACCAAAUCAAUUCUAGCGGCCUUCGCAAUGUGCGUAGCUGUUGUCGGCCCCGGAGGAGUGACGGCACAGGGAUCCAUAUCCGAAGAAGAGCCGUGCUGCGUACCUCACGAUGCGUCUGGCGAAAAGGAGCUUGCAAAGGCUAUACGUACUGCUGUCUCCGAGGGCAGCCACGAGCUCAGUGCCGAGGCGGCUUUGGCGCGCGAGCUUGAAAACGAAGCUGACGCAAAGCUAUACAAAGAAGAUGAUAAAAAGCUGAUUGAGGCAGAACAGAGGGCUGCACUCGCCCGAGAAGCCGAUGAAGACGCAAAGCACGACCUUAUUUCUACCUGGAUGUUCGCUCAGGAGGAAAAGGAUAAGCAUGAAGAGGCCGAGAUGUCAGGCAAGCGAAGCAAGCGAGACUGA